AUGGCGCAGCCAGCACUCGACCCAGAAGUUGUUUCCUGCUCCAUGUGUUUGGAUCUACUGAAGGAUCCUGUGACUAUUCCCUGUGGACACAGCUACUGCAGGAAAUGUGUCCUACAGCACUGGGACCAAGAGGACGAGAAGCAGCUCUAUAGCUGUCCUGAAUGUCGCCUCAACUUCAGCCCCAGGCCAGCCCUGAUUAAAAACAUCAUGUUAGCAGGUUUAGUAGAGCAGAUGAAGAGAACUGCACCCACUGCUGCCCGCUGCUAUGCUGGACCUCAGGAUGUGUCCUGUGAUGUGUGCACUGGGAGGAAGUUGAGAGCUCUCCAGUCCUGUCUGCAAUGUGUGGCAUCUUAUUGUGAGCACCACCUACAACCUCAUUAUGAUGCUGCAGCGUUACAGAAACACCAACUGGUGGCACCGUCUCACACGCUCCAGGAAAACAUAUGCAUGCAACACGACGAAGUGAAGAAGAUGUUCUGCCUCACAGAUCAGCAGUGCAUCUGCUACCUCUGUUCUGUGGACCAGCACAAGGGCCAUGACAUAGUGACCUCAGCCUCAGAGAGGGCUCAGAGGCAGGCAGAGCUGCCAGCGAGGAGGGCUCUACUGCUCCAGAGCCUCCGGCACAAAGAGACAGACCUCCAGAGGCUCCAACAGGAGGCCCAGGACAUCAGCCACUCUGCCCAGAUAGCACUGCAGUGCAGCGGGGACAGCUUCAGAGACAUUGCUGUUCUCCUGGAGAAAAGACACUCUGAGGUGGAGCAGCAGAUACGCUCCCAGGAGAAGAUCCAACUGAGCCGAGUCCAAGAGCUUCAGGACCAACUGCAACAGGAAGUGAGGGGGCUGAAGAGGAGCCUCUCUCAGCUGGACACACUGGACCUCACCCAGGAUCAUAACCGCUUUAUAAAACUGUACGCUUCACUGUCCCCACACAUACAGAGCACAGAGCCAGCCACCAUUAACACAGGAGACUGGGGAUACUUUGAAGAAGUGACCACAGCUGUGUCCAAGCUCAAGGACACACUCCAGCUCACUCUGACGGAGGGUCUGACCAACAUCUCACUGAGGCAGGGACGAGACCAGAGACCAGAGCAGAGAUCAGAGCAGAGACCAGACCAGAGACCAGACCAGAGACCAGACCAGGGACUGGCACAGAAAUGGAACAGACUGAACAAGAGAAAAGAGAAAACAGUCCGGGUUUUGCGGCCAUCAACAGAACCUAGUUCCAGAGAGGAUUUCUUACAAUAUUACACAGAAAUCACUCUGGACCCAAACACAGCUCACACCAGACUGUCUCUGUCUGAUGGAAACAGAAGAGUAACAGUUAUGAGAGAAGACCAGAGUUAUCAAGAUCAUCCAGACAGAUUCAGAGGCUGGUGUCAGAUCCUGAGCAAAGAGAGUCUGAUAGGCCGCUGUUACUGGGAGGUGGAAUGGAGCGGGAGGUGGGGGGCUCGUAUAGCAGUUUCAUACAGAGAGUUUCAGAGGAAAGGCUCUGACGAAUGUGCAUUUGGGUAUAAUGAUAAAUCGUGGGCUUUAGACUGUGAUAAAACUAGUUAUUCAUUUUGGUUUAACACAGUCCAAUCGCAGGUCUCAGGUCCGAUCCAGUCAAGAAUUGGGGUUUACCUGGACCACAGUUCAGGGGUUUUGGCAUUUUACAGCAUCUCUGAAAGUACCAUGAGCCUCCUCCACAGAGUACAGACCAGGUUCACUCAUCCUCUCUAUGCUGGGGUCCGAUUUCACAGGUCUAACACUGAAGCCACUGCACAUUUCCCCAAACUUGAAUAAUAACUUAACUACAGUUUGGAUCAAAUUUGUGACUUUUAGUUUUAAAAUCAUUAGUUUGAAAGUUUCUUUUAAACUAUUUUUGCUGUGACAGUAAUAACUAGCAUGCUGGCUGCGCACUUUCUAAUUCUCUGGUAAUAAAACAGUUUUACAAUUAGAUGCCGACAGCACACAUUGGAAUUAUUCUGAUCUCAAGAGCUGCUUAUACAAUAGAUCUGUACUAGGGAUGUACUAAGACACAUUUGGCUCAAAUACAUGUGGAAAGUCGGGUAAAGGACUUUUGUUGUUCCCUUUCUUAAGAGAGAAAAAAAAGCAGGUACAGCACCUUAUAUAGCACCUUUAUAAACUUGAGUUAUAAAAAUGCCAGUCAGUAGAUUAUCAUGUGUUUUUGUGGACUUUGAAUCAUGAUUGUAAAAAUG